AUGCAGCCCAGACAUCAGAGCUGGAAGGAAGUGACAGAUGACCAUCAUGCCUUACCUGGAACCUGGCCGUGGCUCAUCAGCAUCCAGAUCUUCACUCCCAAGGGACCAAGGCAUUCUUGUGACGGAGCCGUAGUGGAUGUCCGUUGGAUCCUCGCUGCAGCACACUGUUUCAGUACAAAGGAAAACUCUCUGAAAGUCUGGAAGAUUGUGUUGGGGGCCACCGAUCUGUCCAGAUUGCCAGACAUAGCCCAGUUCCGCUCAAUAAAACGAAUCAUCUUCCACCAGGAUUACAAUCCCUCCGCAAAGAUCAACGACGUGGCGCUGAUAGAGCUUGACAGCCCUGUGACGUUCAAUGCCUAUGUGCAGCCAAUCUGUUUGCCCCCGGUCAGCUUGGACUCUGAAGCCUUCUCCAUCUGUUACGUCAGUGGCUGGAAUUCAAGCGGUAUCUCCGCCGUCGUGUAUGAAGUCAAAGCAGAUAUUCUAGAGACGACGACAUGCAACAGCAGCGAGUGGUAUCAAGGGAGGAUGAAUCCGCACACGCUCUGUGCAGGUUUGCACGAGAGGGAUAGCGACUCUUGCCAGGGGCACAAUGGAGGUCUUUUAAUGUGUAAGACAUUGCCCAAGUCACCAUACUACAUACUUGGCAUUUCCAACUCGGAGAAGGAUUGUGCCAGGACAGAGUACCCCAGAAUUUAUACCUCCGUUCAGCAGUUCCUGGAAUGGAUCUCCAAAAAGAUGGGAAGCCAAGAGAUCCAAAAGGAGGAAGUAGACCGUAAGAUUGAGGAGAGCAGUUCCAUUUCAAUCACAAACGUCCCGAAGGAAACGGUUGUCAUACAACCCCCAUUUAUUCCUCAAGAAACAGUUCCCACACUUCUAGAUCCUCCCUAUGUUCCAGAAGAAACAACUCCUUCGCCUCCAGUGUCUCCCUUUAUUCCUACAGAGACGAAACUCAUUCUGGAGCUUCCAUCGGUCGACGAGCCAUUUCAUACGGGACACAAAGCAGUCGAUAGCUCAGUGCAGUAUCGCCUUCCAAACACAACUGCUUUGCCCCCCGAAUAUGUUCCUCCAGAAGCAGAAGUCACUCUGGAGCCCCCAUAUAUCCCUCUAGAGGACCCUGAUCAUCUAGAGCCUCCGUUCAUCCCUCCAGAAGCAUCCAUCCUUGUGGAACCUCCAUACACCCUUCGGGAAACCACGGCUUCUCUAGAGCCACCCUACACGCCCCAGGAAAUCACCACUCCUCUAGAACCUCCAUACACCCCCACGGAGACUUCUAUUCCUCUAGAAAAUCCAUACCUACCUUCGGAGACCUCUGUCACUAUAAAAGCACCAUAUGUGCCUGAAGAGACCCCUCCAUCUCUGGAGGCACCAUAUCAUUCUCCAGAGACCUCCCCUACUCUAGAACUUCCAUACACGCCUCCAGAGACUCCUGCUACUCUAGAAACCCCAUACAUGCCUCCAGAAACUCCUGCUCCUCUACAGCCGCCCUACACACCUCCAGAAGCUCCCACUUCUCUAAAACCUCCAUAUAUGCCCCCAGAAUCUACUACCAAUCUAGAACGUCCAUACACACCUCCAGAAGCUCCCACUUCUCUAAAACCUCCAUAUAUGCCCCCAGAAUCGACUACUAAUCUAGAACGUCCAUACACACCUCCAGAAAUUCCUGCUGCUCUAGAACCUCCAUGCAUACUUCUAGAAGGUCCAGGAACAUCCCAAGGCGCUCCUCCUCUAGAAGCUCCAAACACACCUUCAAGAAAUCCCGCUCCUAGAAACCCUCCAUGCAUAUCUCCAGAAACGUUUGCUCCUCUAGACAUUCCACACAUACCCCCAGAAGCUCUUUCUUCUCUAGAACCUCCACACAUAUCUUCAGAAAUAUCUUCGCCCUUAUAGCCCCCAUACAUCCCCGUGAGGCCCACGUCCACCAGAACAGCCAUACACACCUCUAGAAACCCCUGCUCAAGAAACUCCUGUUCAUCUGGAACCUCCUCCUCUCAAGACUCAUCCUACAGGUCACUACCACUCUGGAACCAUCGUAUAUUUUUCAUGAACCCCAUUGUGCCUUCAGCGACUAGCAAUAUGGAGCCUCCACAUAUUUCUCCAAGGUACAAUCUCUCUAAGACUUCUCCGUCCAUUGAGUAGUCAUCUACUCCACCAGAGUAUCCGUAUUUUUCUCCAGAUGCACCUGGUAGAUGACCUUUCCCCGUGGAAACCUUUCUCCAUUGACCUCCCCUCUAAUAUCCAACAUACUCUUCACACAACAUUGGGAGACAAUGAAGCAUUGUCAAAACGAGAUUCCAGAUGUUCCUCUCUGAUCCAGAUGUCUCCAGAGGCAUCUGUUCCUGUUGAGUGGCUACACUGUCUUCCUAGAAUCUUUUAUGCUUAGAGUGACCAUGUACAACGUUGGCUUCUGCACCCCUAAACAACUCCCCUGCUCUUCCAGAGUUCUUAAAACAGCUCCAGGAAACAACCAUGACAAAUAUCAUAAAAUUUAGUUAUACUUUAGAACACAUAGAUUUUAUUGAUUUGUUUAAUGUAUUUAAUUAUUCAAUUGUUUCUUUAUUAAACUGCUCUAUCCUCAUCCAAAGUGCACCGGCAUCUCUCUUGAAACAGCCACCUUAUUGCAACAUCUUCGGAUGGUCAUCUACUCUGGAGGUUCCACCUGAAUGACAUGGCUUGGACUUGGUCCAGGUAGUCCUCAACCUACGACCACAAUUGAGCCCCAAACUUCUGUUGCUAAACAAGACAAUUCAGUGAAUUUUGCCCCACUUUAUGACCUUUCUUGCUACAGUU